UCACAGUUUAGCUCCUGCACAGACAAAAACUGUUGAUUUUUUUUUUUUUUUCCACUUAUUCUUUCACAUCUUACUGGGUUUUGGCUUCAUCCCAAAUUCAACUGAAGAGUUAGUUUUAACUCAAGGACUGAAAGACACAAGAAACCCAAGGAAAGCUCCUGAAAGUCAUGUGGACACUUAGAACAAAGGACUGAAGAGGUGAAGCAACACUAGGGCUUUACUUUAUGCCUAAUUUGAUAGUGGGAUUUUGAGGACUCUAAGGAUGGACAGUGUGGUCUUCAGACUGUGACGAUCUGGUCAUUUAGAUUGUUUCAGUCCAUUAUAGAGACUUAAGAAUAAGAAAUAAGAGAGUCAACUGGAAAAGAGAGAUGCAGCCCACCCACAGGAAGAGACAUGCAGCCACUUUCAUGUACAGCACCAGGUUGAAAGGUUCAGGAGAGAUGGAAGUGGUUCUGACAAAGCCCCGGUUCCACUUGGAUCUCUGGAUUGCGUUCACCGUCCAGAACUGGCUCCUGGAUGUGGGUCGGCCUGUUGUCAUGCUUCUCCUCCCAGUCGAGUGGUUUCCUCUGAGUCGUCCUUGUGCUGCAGAAUACCUCCACAUAUUGUACAACAUCACAACCCCACUCAUUCUGCUCAAGCUACUUGAGCGCAGCCCUCGGACACUGCCCAGCCUGGUCGUCCACCUUGGCAUCAUCGCUGUUGUCAUGGGAACCAGCCUGCACAUGGUGGUUGAUACCAUCACCCUCCGUCUGCUGCAGGUUGGAUACCAGCUGCAUCUGUCCAUCAGAGAAAACCCACUCAUGACGAACCUGAAACCCUCUUCUCUGAUUGAUGCGUUUGAGCUUCUUCAUUACUAUGAUGACACUCUUGGUCAUCUGAUGUGGUAUGUUCCUCUCUUCCUCGUCCUCUUCCUGUUCUUCAGUGGGUGUUUUUACCACAAAAAGCAGGAGAAGAUGAUGCCGCCAGCAGCGUGGAUGUUGCUCCUCCCAAAUGCAGCCUACUACUGGUAUCUGGUCACCGAGGGCCAGACCUUUAUCCUCUUCAUCUUCACGUUUUUUGCCAUGACUGCCACAGUGAUGCACCAGAGGAGGCGGGGCUUGGUUCCCAAUAGCAACGGCCUCUUCAUGCUCUACAGUUUCUCAGCUGCUCUCUUCCUGGUGGCCAUUUGGGUGAUUUGUCUGUGGAAUGACAGCAUCCUGAGGAGAAAACAUCCUGGGCUGAUCUAUGUCCCACAGCCUCGCGCCGUCUACACACUCCACCUCCGUACAAACACCCAGACAUGAAAAAGAAUCCCUCUGCUGCCGUGGUGUGCACUCUACAUGUCUCUGCAUGAAUCUCUGCAAAGGAAGUAACUUCUGUCAGUACAAGAACUGGAAGUUAAUGGAAGUCUCCCUUCACUCUAAACAAGUUACUUUUCUUGUUGCAUAUCUGUUCUGCCUUCAUGACUAUACACAUCUACAGUGCUAUAAAAGUUACUUACAAAUGGUAAUACAUUACAGAUUACUUUUUUCUGUUAUUUAAAAGUAGUCCCUUACCUUACAAUAUU